AACAAGCGGAGGUAAGCCGGAAGUGUCUUGCAAUCAAAUUGAACAGUUUACUGGAAAAUGCACGAAUAAUAACCGUGUAUUUCAACUACACUUGAUUUUUAAACAUAUUUGAGCUAAGAUGAGGAAAAACAAAGGGAAAACCAAUACAAUUGAAAAGGAGUUUGUAUUUGAGUUUAAGGCAGGAAAACAUCACUGUGUCCUCAAAGUACCACUUCAGUUCCCCCUCAAAGAAAAUGUCAGUGAUCUUCAUGGGCGGAUCAUGCUGCUUCAUAAAAUCCCCUGUUUUGUAGAAAAUGACUUGAAAAAUAGGCUCGUUAGUUUCAUAGAAAGGGAAACGUUAGCGGAUUAUGACCGGGAGGCAGAAGCAGCCCUGCAGAGACUCAAUACUGGAGAGGUUGACGUCAACAAACUUACAAAUUUAUGGGCCAAGGCCUAUUCUGAGACUACACUGGAACAUGCCCGUCCCGAAGAAGCUAGCUGGGACGAGGAUUUUGCAAGUGUCUAUCAUGAACUGAUCCACUCUCCAGCCUCAGAGACCCUUCUCAACCUGGAACACAGUUACUUUGUCAGUGUCUCUGAGCUCAUCAGCGAGAGAGACAUGGAGCUCAAGAAACUUCAGGAGAGACAGGCUGUUGAGAUGAAUAAAGUCAUGCAGGAGCUGGGAAAGACCUUGUGUGACCAGGAUGUGAAUACCGUGGCUGCCCAACACUUUGACGCACAGCAAGUGCUAGAGAACAAGUGGGCCAGUGAAUUGAAGCAAGUCACAGGUAUCCAGAAACAAGAGUACCAGGAAUGGGUGAUGAAGCUUCACCGGGACCUACAGAACCCUAACAACAGCACGAUAAACGAGGAGAUCAAGGUGCAGCCCGGUCAGCUGGGGGAGGCAGGGGAAGCGGGGGCCCGGCUCUUCGAGGAGCAGCGACAGCUGGAGGAGAGCUUCACAAUCCACUUAGGGGCUCAGCUGAAGACCAUGCACAAUCUCCGUCUGCUGCGAUCUGAUGUUCUGGACUUUUGUAAGCACCGUCGUCACAGCAGCAGUGGGGUGAAGUUACGGCGACUGCAGACUGCCCUCUCGCUCUACUCCACAUCGCUUUGUGGCCUGGUGCUGCUGGUCGACAACAGAGUCAACUCGUACAGCGGCAUUAAGAGAGACUUUGCAACAGUGUCUAAGGAGUGCACAGACUUCCACUUCCCCAGAGUGGACGAGCAGCUGGACAUCAUCCAGCAGGUGGUGCUGUACGCACGAGCUCAGCGCAGCAGCAAGCAGAGAGAGCAGCCCGAGAUGCCAAGAAAUGGGGCAAGUGAAGACAAAAAUAAGAUCAUAGAUAGAAAUUCCUCCAAUAUCGUCCCAGGUGAAUUCUACAUCACUCGCCAUUCCAACCUGUCUGAGGUUCAUAUUGUCUUCCACCUCUGUGUGGAUGAUAACGUACGUUCAGGGAACAUCACAGCCCGGGACCCGGCCAUCAUGGGCCUGAGGAACAUCCUGAAGGUCUGCUGCACCCAUGACAUCACCACCAUCACCAUCCCACUGCUGCUGGUGCAUGACAUGUCUGAGGAGAUGACCAUUCCCUGGUGUCUGAAACGAGCUGAGCUGGUCUUCAAGUGUGUGAAAGGUUUUAUGAUGGAAAUGGCCUCCUGGGAUGGAGGAAUCUCACGGACUGUUCAGUUCCUUGUUCCACAGAGUAUCUCAGAGGAGAUGUUCUUCCAGCUGAGCAACAUGCUGCCUCAGAUCUUCAGAGUCUCCUCCACGCUUACGCUAACAUCAAAACGCUAAACACACACGGACACAUCAGCUGGGAAUAUGGAGGACAUCUUGUCACUUUAGGUUCUUAAUUUUCAGAGCAGUACAACCCGUAAGCUGUUUUGAUAUGCACUGUCAUGUGAUCACAGGAGGCUUAGCACCAUGUCCUGAUUAUUUCACUCAGGAAUUUUCACUGGAAUUCAUAGAUCUGUACAUUCCACAUGAAAUAUCAAAGGGAAGUGUUCAGAGUUUCAGCUCUUGUCAUGCUGUGACUGCCGUUCACCUAAUGCUGCAUGGGAAACAGGUAAUGCCAAGACAAGCUGUGUGUUUGUGCUGCAUUGCAGACCCCUUUUGUCAUCAUUCCUUUCCACAAACACCAGAUGGCACUGUAUUCGGUAGCAUUUACAUGCAGUUUGAGGUAACCAAAGCUGCUGAUUCCAAAUGUCAAAUGAAACCAACCUUCCAAGCAUUCUAAGUGAUUUACCAUGUGUUUGUAUAUUAGGUGCCAGUUGUAAGCCCAGGCAUGUGUACAGUUAUAUUUGAACUGUGUAAUCUUUGGAAAGUGGGGCAUUUGAAAACAGUAUCAUCUGUUUUUUAUUGUAAAUCUAAAAGGCCUCUUAAAAUAUACCUACAUAAUAUUAAUCAGGCAAGCAGGAAAAUUAUGUCCAGUUUUGUAUUAUUUAUUUUUUUUAGAGCCUUUUCAAAGAAAAUCUACAUACUAACUACUUUCUGUUAAGUCUUUUGUUGGAUUUCUACUAAUGAGGAUAUUACCAUAUGAAGUAGCAAAGUAGGGCUAAUCUGAGGGUUAAAGCAUUUGCAUUCAUAUUAGCCUUUUGUCUGAUACUACUGACAUGCUAAUUACUCGUUCAAUGCUUUGUAAAUACAGUACACUUCAAUUUAACUCUGAAUUUGACUAUUUGAUAAUGUCAAAAUUAUAUUAAAAAUGUUUUAAUUUAGUUCAA